UAUUUUAUGCCAAGUGGGGGAAUCAAAUCAAUCAAUUUCAUUAAACAAGAAGAAUCUUUAGCUUCACAAAACAAUUAUACUUUUAAGUUAUCUCUAAUAUUAUGAUGCUGUCUCUGGGUUGCAUUUUAGCUACAAGUUUUGGUUGUUAGGUGAUCUCUUGUUGGUUUAAAGUAAGCAAAAGCAAGAACUUAUCAUCAUCAUACCAAGUUGUAAAGAUCAAAAGCCACAAGCUUUCUCUCAACUAGCAGCCCCUCAGCUAGGACACCCAACCCUACCCAAUCCCCUUCUCCCCCCUCCUUUCUUGGUGAUCUAAUGUAAAGGGCAGGUGUGAAAAGUUUGAAAGAUUCAAGAAAGCUAAAAAAGAAAAGAUUUUGAUGAGGAGAUCAGCUGCUGGAUCAAGGAAAAUGUGGUGGGUUGUGACUAGGAAGAAAGGAGGUAAGAAGACAGAAUCAAGAAUGGAGAUUGAGGAGAUUCUGAAGAUGAAACUUGCAACCAUCAUUGAAGAAGAAGAGCCUGCGGAAAUGUUUGAUCAAGAAAACGUUGGGAUACUUACAACAACAACAACAGCAGCAGCAGCAGCAAAGUAUCAUCAUCAUAACAAGUGGAACAAGAAGAAUCAUAAUCUGAUUAAAGUGAAGAUGGGAAGAUUCUUUUUGCCUCAGUUCAGUCUGAAAGAAUCUUAUUGGAUAUUCAUGACUGGAUUAUCCUGCAAAGGUGGAUUGCACGGUCUUCCUCGAUGCUCAUGAAUAUGCAAUGUUACCUUCUUUUUUCUUUUUUUUUCUUUUUCUAGUUAAUGAUGCAUCAUCAAGCUUUAGCCUUUACAGUGGAUGUUAAAAUUUUGUGUGUAAAAACCUCAGCAUUUUUUUUUUUUGAAACAACUGCUGAUGUGUGUAUAUUCCAAAAUCUAUGGUUAACUACUCCUUUUGAUCCUUUUGUUGUUAACGAAUUGUACGAAACUGGUUCUGGGAUUUGAAGUUUUAAACAAGCUUUUUAGCCCCAUGUUCUUGUUGCUGUGCAAAUUCCCUGUACAUUUUGUUUCAGGAUGAAUGUAUCCUCUGUUUCUGCUCUGUUAUCAUAGUU